GACACUUGGGUCUGAUCAUACAGCACCGCAGCUACCAAGCAGCCGCAGAGCCAAGUUCUUAGUGGGCAUUAAGGUGCAGAGUUCCGACAUGAGUUCUGGAGUCCUGGAGAUAUUCGGUCUGUCCAUAAGCAUCAUCGGCUGGGUGGGGGUGAUGUUGGCAUGUGCCCUCCCCAUGUGGCAAGUAUCUGCUUUCAUCGAGCAAAACAUCGUGGUGGCACAGUUCAUUUGGGAAGGUCUAUGGAUGUCCUGUGUGGUGCAAAGUACCGGGCAGAUGCAGUGCAAGGUGUAUGACUCUAUCCUAGCCCUCAGCCCGGAGCUGCAGGCUGGCAGGGCUCUCACUGUGCUGGCAUCCAUCGUGGGUCUCAUCGGACUGCUGGUCACUAUAGUGGGAGCUCAGUGCACCACCUGCUUCCAAGGCAGCAGCAUGAAAAACCGGGUGGUAUUUGCAGGAGGAAUUAUCUACAUACUGACCGGGCUGCUGGUCCUCAUCCCGCUCUGUUGGAUCGCCAAUAUCGUGAUCAGGGAGUUCUAUGACCCGCUUGUGCCCGCUUCCAGGAAGAGAGAGAUGGGGGCAGCGCUGUACAUUGGCUGGGCGGCUACUGCCCUCUUGCUCCUGGGGGGCAUCCUGCUCUGCUUAUCGUGCCCGAUAAAGGGGCAGCACACACCGCCGGUCAAGUACUCUGCCUCCCGGAGGCCAACUUCCAACGGGGACUAUGAUAAGAAGAACUAUGUAUAAGAGGGGUAGCCCCGGGCACUGCUGCUCACCCUGCCCCAUGUGCGGUUCUGUGGCAGCCCUCUGCAGUGCGGGAAGCCGACACCGGUCCUCACCCCUGUGUAGAUGAAUGGGACAGUCACAUGUCAGCCUGCAGACGCUUCUGCCUUCACGGGAACCCUGCGACCCCCUAUGCUUGUUACAGCGGAUGUCCAUAGGGGCCUCAGUGUCACAGACAUUGAUACUGGAAUACUUGGCAUCUCAGUCUGUGAUGAUCUGACUGUCCGUGUCAUCACAGUGUAUAUAUAGGCAGACAUAUGUAUAAUUAGGAAAAGUUGCCCAUCAUUCGCAAUAUCAUCAGUUGCCUUCAGUAAGAACAUUGCCAAUGGUGAGAUAUUCCGGGACUGGCAUUGCUGCCAGAGAGCAGACUGUAGACCGCCAGCACAUCUAAUAAUAACAACUGUGCCUUCCCUCUGCCCCUCACCAUGCAGGACCUGCCAGCCCAAGUGUAUUGUCAGUAAAAUCGAACUGGAAAAUGUUUUUGCUCGGCCACUUAUAAAAAGAUUGGACAAGUAAUCCCCCUGGAUUGUCGGAGACAUCAGGGAAUAACACUGGGUUGAAUAAAAUAAAAGGGUUAUUACAUGGGAAGAGAGGAAUGGGCUUUCCAACUAUUUUCUGCAAAUCGAGUUUAAUGAGGGCACGCAGAGCCUAAUCUCAUUCCUGCUAAACCUAUUAAAUAGAUACAUAAACAUUUUAAUUAUUUCUUCAAAUUGUAACAAUUUCCAAAGCUAAUGGUAAUUAUAAAUUAUGCAGCUCUAUCUACUAAGUACUUCACAGCGAGUUGCUUGAUGAAAAUGUGUCUAUCCAGUAUGCAGAUGAGGAUUAAACCGUGUUCACACAUUCGUUAAUUCAAAAGUAAUUAAAAUACCGUGGUGCUGUGUAUAUCAACAUGUAACACUGGCGUCAGGAAACUGUUAUUGCGACUUACAUUGUUCCUAGGGUAAAAAUGUUGCCUUAUCUUGUAAAUGUGUAAUUCUCCUUUUUCACCAUUACGUUUCUGUGAUUCAUCUCAUUUUCUUAUGAAUAACUGGACAUUUCUCAACAAUGCCGUUUUAAUGAAUAGGUCUUUUUGGUACCCAUUUGAAAUACAUUUUAAUGUGUUUUAUAUACUUUAUUGUAAUUCUGUUAUAAAUAAAAAAUCAUUUAUUUAAA